GGCGCGGUGGAGGCCCGGGGUGGUGAACAGUCUCCGGCACCAUGUUUGGUUUGUCUGGCCCUCUAGCCCAGCGUGGCCCUUGCCCGUUAGCGUUGCUGCUUUUACUCCUCGGCCCCAGCUCGGUCCUCGCCAUCUCCUUCCAUCUGCCCGUUAACUCCCGCAAGUGCCUCCGCGAGGAGAUCCACAAGGACCUGCUGGUGACGGGCUCGUACGAGAUCACCGACCAGUCUGGGGGCGCUGGCGGCCUGCGCACCCACCUCAAGAUUACAGACUCUGCUGGUCAUAUUUUGUACUCCAAAGAGGAUGCAACCAAGGGGAAAUUUGCCUUUACCACUGAAGAUUAUGACAUGUUUGAAGUCUGUUUUGAGAGUAAGGGAACAGGGCGGAUACCUGACCAACUCGUGAUCCUAGACAUGAAGCAUGGAGUGGAAGCGAAAAAUUACGAAGAGAUUGCAAAGGUUGAAAAACUCAAACCUUUGGAAGUAGAGCUGCGACGCCUGGAAGACCUUUCUGAAUCUAUUGUUAAUGACUUUGCCUACAUGAAGAAGCGUGAGGAGGAGAUGCGUGAUACCAAUGAGUCAACAAACACUCGGGUCCUGUACUUCAGCAUCUUUUCAAUGUUCUGUCUCAUCGGACUAGCUACCUGGCAGGUGUUCUACCUGCGCCGCUUCUUCAAGGCCAAGAAAUUGAUUGAGUAAUGAGACCCAGUCUCCUCCCACCUGUAUCAGCCACAGAACACCGCUGGGACGUGCCUCGCCUGCUGCAUCCUACCUAAAGCACCAUCGAGGCACAUUGGAGCUUUCUUGCCAGAACUGAUCUCUUUUAGUGUGGGAGGACUUGGGUUCCCACCUACACCCAACAAGUUAAUGAGGGACCGCUUUUUAAGUUGGUAGGAUUUGGACUGGUUUUGCAACAAUAGGACUAUUAGUCACAUAUGACAAAAGAGAGGGGUUACCUAGAUAACGCCAAAGCCAGCAUUUUUACUGGGUUUCCUCUUGUGAUCUGUUUGAACCAUGGUUUUUGGGGGUUUGUUGUUUUUUGGUUUUUUUUUUUUUUUUUUCCUUCACAUCCUCAUCAGCUUGGGCUUCUGCUCUGGGUCCUUUACCAGGAUUUGUAUGACCAUGUUGAACUUUUUUUCUUCUGAUUGUUUCCCUUUGGACUUCUUUUGACAACACCCUUAACUUUCUCUGUCAGUUGCCAUGUUUAGGUAUCUUCUGGUGGUAUCCUUUCAUAAUUUUAUGUCUCUUAAAAGGAGAUGGAUGUGGCACCUCAUAGAAAUGAGCUUUGAACUAUAGAUAACAAAUUUUCAUUUUUAGAGAAUUAAAUAUUUGUGCUCAACCUCCUGAACUUUUUUUGUUUAUGUGUAAUUUAGUUCUGUGCAGUUUUACCACAUGUAGAUUCAGGUGACCACCUUCAGAACGUGCACAACAGUUCCGUCACGUGGAUCCUUUGUGCCACAUCCUCCUCCCUCCAUCUUCUGGCACCACUAAUCUGUUCUCCAUCUCUAUCAUUUUGUCAUUCAAGAAUCUUAUAUAAAUGGAAUCACAGAGUUGUGUAACCUUGAGACUGACUUUUUCACUAAGCCUAAUUCCCUGGAAAUCCAAGUUGUUGCAUGUAUCAAUAAUUUGCUCCUUUUUAUUUCUCAGUGUUUCAUGGUCUGGAUGUACCACAGGUUAAUCAUUCACGCAUUGAAGGACAUCAGGGUUGUUUUCAGGUUUUGGUCAUUACUAAUAAAGCUGCUGUAAACAUUUAUAUAAGUUUUUAUGUGAAUAUAAAUUUUAAUUUCUUUGAAAAUGAAUGCCCCAGAAGGCAAAUUGCUGGAUGGUACGGUAAGCACAUAGUAGUUUUGUUAGAAAUUGCUCUCUUAUCUCCAGAGAGUAGCUAUGCCGUUUUACAUUUCUACCAGUAAUGUAUGACUGGCUAACUCUUCAGAUCCUCACCACUUUUUGCUAUGAUUAUAUGUGCUAAUUAAGAAAGCGCAGCAUCUACAUUAAUUACUGUUUUUUAUUUUUGUCAUUCUAAUGGUCAUGUGUAGUGAUACCUCAUUAUGAUUUUAAUUUGCAUUUUUCUAAUGGCACAUGAUGUUGAACAUCUUUUCAUGUGCUUGUCAUUUACAUAUCUUCUUUAGUGAAAUACCUGUUCUUUUGCCCGUUUUCUAGUAAGAUUAUUUGUCCUUUUUACUGUUGAGUUUUGCAAGUCCCUUACAUAUCCUAAGUGAAGUCCUUUGUUAGAUAUGUGUGCUUGAACUUAGAGCAUAUUUUACUGUGCUUGAACUUAGAGCAUAUUUUACUAAUCACAUUUCACAUAGGUAGUUUAUGAAGUCUUUUUAUAAACUACUCACUGACUUCUUUUCCUAGUGUAUUUCAGCUGAAGAAUUAAGACAUACAAGGUAUAAAGAAAAUUGCACGUGAGUGAGGAUAGCUACAAGUCACCAUGGGCACAUGAGGCCAUUACUAAUGGAAAUAAGAGAAAAUGUUGAUACAGAUGGACAUGUUCAUAAGCAGUUAUGAAGACUGCUAUCACUUGACAUUCCCCCCUCCCCUUCCUAAGAAAAUGAGAGUUUGUCCUUUUUGUAAUCUUUUUUAAUUUCUGUUACAGGGCUCAUCUAAUCAUAGUGGCAAGAAAUGCAGGGCUUGAAGCUGUGCAGUUUGCAGUGAAAAAGUAGCCCAUAGAGUUAACAGUGAAUACUGCCUUGAUGACUAGAUAAAAUACAAGGGUGGAAGAGGGAGUGAAAUGUGUUGUUAAAUCUCAAGCUGUUCUGUUAAUGCUACUGUGAAUCCAAAAAUGUUUUGUUCCACAUUUGAUGCUUUGUGUGAACUCCUCUGGUGUGGCAAUGUGGUUCUCGUAUUAAUUUAUGCAACAUCGCCAUCUGCUGUCAAGAACUGGACCCUGCUUCUGAUAACCUGGCUACAGAUACUGAGAAAGUUUUAUCUGUGGGUAUGACACAUACUAAAUGAUGAAGGAUGCAUCUGAGUAGGAACAUUGUUACCAAAUCAUAGGUUAGAUUCACCUUUCGAUAUUUAAAAGUGAAAUUCUGUCCUCUACUAUUAAUCUAAAAAGAUAACGCUUUAACAUUUCUGAUGGUGCCUUUCCCCUUUAUAGAAGUUAUGGAAACUAUUCAGUUGGUUAUAGUCUUCUAUUCUGACAAAAUGUCAAAGAUAGGAGAGGAUUUUAUUUUGUUGAUGUUUUUGUUGCCAGAUGUGACUAUGAAACUGAAAUGUUUCCAUGUCCUUUCCUUCUACUUAUGCCAAAACUACCAACACAUUUGUGCUUUGGGUUUAAAGUUCAUUGAUAUUAUACCUUGAUUUUGUCUAAAAAAUAAACUUACUUGCCUUUGAGAAAAGAUUAGUGUAAGAGCAAAUUUCCUUUGAAAAUGAGGAUGUUACCUGCUUUCUUCCAUUUUUGAGCCUAUUCAACAUGGUCUAUAUAAUACAAAUGAGAAUGAUAAAGCCUCGUUACACCAUUGUCAUAAGCCAUUUUUCUGUUUAAUGGAAAGAGGCAUGGGGAAUUUAUAGGUUCACUUGUUAAGCAUUGGGCUGGGGAUUUUUGUGUAAAUUUUCUCAAAUAAAGGCUAGCAGAAAACA